UGGCGGCCUCCAUGUGCAAUGUGGGAUUUGUCCGUCGGCAGUUGUUGUUACUGCUGCGAAGAAAAUCAGAAGGUCGUCAUCUACUUUUUCAACGAUUUUGUUCAAAUAUUUCGGCCAAAAAAGACGCUGACCAUGAAGACCAAGUGUCCCAGUCUCCUUUGAUUGCCGAAGAUGACUAUUUUGGUGUAUCGAUUCCCGAAGGAGAUUGGUCAGUUCAACGAAAUUCCAGUCUUAGUAAAGACGACAUCUUUAUAAAGUAUCAGGUCGACUGUUUAACCGAACUUGAGAAAGACAAAAUGCAUCGUGUAAAUAUGCCUUUUGGGACGGUAAGUUUUGAUACAAUAUCGGAUGUGAAACAUCAAAUAGAGACAAGAGAGAUGUUCAGUGAGAGAAACUUUAAUCGUGGCGUGGAAGAAAAAAUAUUAGAUAGAAUGGCGCGCGUUAGUGAUGAAACAGAAGCAGACAGUUCGGGAGAGAAAUAUUAUAUUUCCUUUCUAGAUCAAUUCAAGAAAGAUUCGAAACAUGGGACAACAGAAUCAAACAAGUCGGUGUCAGAUGCACAGGUGAAGGAACACAAGUCAAGGGCACAGAAAAAGGAGCUUCGAACUGUUGAUUCUUUUCCGGAGAAAACAAUAGAUUCAUUUAAGAGGACAGCAGCACAUGAACACCAUGGCAAUAUUGUAUCACGAAAAACCUCACAGUGCCAUUUUGACCAACCAGCUAAGGUGGAAUAUGGUGAUUUAGCCAUUUCAAAUAAAGAAGGUAGCAAUGAAAAAAGGGAUGAUAGUACAACUGAUCUGAACUUUAUAGAUCAGCAAUAUAUACAACAGGAUGUUUUACGAACAAAUUCAAAAAAUUCAAAUCGUUUAAACUUAAAAAUAUUACAGAAGUUUCAUCCUGAGGAAGCGACACCAGAACUUGAUCCCGAUAUGUUGGUUGCUUAUACAGACAAAGUAACCUGUUCAGAAAGUACUGAACAAGACAUCACUUCCUCCCAUCAGAGUUUCACCAAAGCUCAUCAAGAACAUGCGAGUCCGACUCAGAAGUUGAAACAAUUGGAAUCUGACAACAACUUCAAGAGAAAAGCUUCUGGGAAGAAAAAUGGAUCUCAGCGUCGUCAAAAACAUGAGAAUCUGACUCCAGAGUUACAAAAUUUGGAAACUACCGGCAACAUGAGGACAAAAUCCAAAGAUAUGAACUUUAUAGAUCAACAGUUCUUUGGAGAAUAUCUUUCUGAAGAUCAAAGUUCAAUGAAAACUUCUGUAGAUAAUGAUGAUAAAGACCCAAAAUCAGAUUUGAACUUUAUAGAUGAAGAGUAUUUCAAAGAAACUGUUUCUAUUUCUGCAAAAAAAACCAACAAACUAUCAACUUCAGACCACAGAAAGUUAGAGGAAGAAAAAGUACUGACUUCAGACCAUAGAAAAUUAGAGGAAGAAAAAGUACCGACUUUAGAUCAUAGAAAGUUUGAAAAAGAAAAAGAAGUGACCUCAGAUCAUAGAAAGUUUCAGAAAGAAAAAAUUGUUAAAGAUGUUCAUAAAUAUCCUGAAAACAAGAAAAACUCUAAAAGAAAUAAUCAAAAUGAUGAAGAGAAUCACUUAAGUCAAAUCCUGCAAGGUAACGUUAUGGAUCGACUUGAAAGAGAUGCCAUUGUGAAAAGGAAAAGAGCACUACUGGAAACAAAGAAAACAAAAGAGUCGGAAGAUGUGAUGGAUACAGCUUAUGGUACAGUGCAAAUGCUCAGAAAUAAACAAGGACGAAAUUUAGAAGGUGGGGCUCCUCUGCGUGACAGUGAGGGCAUGAAAAUCAUGAAAACUACAGUUCCUCAGCUUUACAAGAUGACGUCGGUGGAGAUCGUAAACAUGAUCACCAGGCACAUCUUGUAUGACAGUGAUGACGUUGUUGCUAUCUAUAAACCCUAUGGACUACCUUCUCAUGGGGGCCCUGGUGUAGCAAUAAGUGUGGCUCACCUAAUGGACCAAAUAAGUGAGAGUCUGGGAGAGAGACAAAACCCCCUCCACAUGGUCCACAGACUAGACAAAGACACAACUGGGGUCAUGCUUCUGGCCAGAACUAAACACAUGGCUGCACAAUUGGCGAAAGCCUUUGCGGAAAGGACAGUGGUAAAAAAGUACUGGGCCAUCACGAAGGGCAUUCCUCAUCCCAAGGAAGGUAUCAUUGACAUCCCAAUGAUGGAGGGUUCUGUAGACGGCAAAAAAAGGAUGGUACUGAAACCCAACUUCUUGCCAGAUGGAAGGAUUGCCACUAAGUCGUCGGUAAAAACAUUUAAGGCAGUGACCCAUUACAAGGUUAUAUCAAGCAGAGAUAACACAGCGCUCGUCGAGUGCCUUCCUCUCACAGGUGUAAGACACCAGCUUCGAGCUCACCUGUCGUUUGGACUAAACACACCAGUGUUGGGAGAUCACAAGUAUUCUAACCUCCUGAACUUUGCCCCACAGAAACUGGACUCUACAACACUUCGGAAGCUUGGAGUACAACAAAGCAAAGUGCGCCAUAUUCCAUUACAUCUACACGCCAUGUCCAUCCUUAUACCCGAGUUUCUGGACGGACGCAAUCUGUUUGUCACUAGCAACUUGCCAAAACAUUUUUGCAGGAGCAUGAGAAAUCUCAAACUGAAACCUGCAGGAGACAAACAGUAACAAAUAUCAAAAUCUUGGGACAUUAUGGAUUUUUUUCUCUCUGUAUUGAAUUGUCUCUCAAGCUCAUUUCAGGAAAAGUCAUGAAAUUUCAUGUGGUAUGAUUUCGGGUUUUUUUCACAUGGAUUGAACAGCAUUUUUUAAAAUUUUCAUGUUGGUAUGAACGCAAAUCAGUUACAUCCAUAUUGCAUGAAGCCCACGAUUGUAAAUUCUGCAAUAAUUAACCUUAAUCAUUUGAACGUUUGACGCAUGGGCAUUUUCCAUGUUAUCCGAAGCGAAGCAACAAGACUCUCAUUGAACAAGGUUAAUCUAUGAUGUCAUAAGUAAACCAUGUGUUACGUCAGGAGAGUUUCUGCUUUCAUACUCAAAUCAUAUAGUGGGUUGCAGCGCAAAUGUAUUUAUAGUUUAAACAUUUUAUUUGUGCCUUACUUUUGCGGUCAAUCAAAAUUGAAAAUGAGGCAAUGUUUAACAUAUUCACAGACUUGCCGUGAGGUUCCACUGCAAUAGGAAUAACACCAUCUUCCUCACAUUAGCAAAUCCUAUCUGACUUAAAGAGAAAAGGGUGUACUUUUACGCCACCUUCAACAUUAUAAUCUUUUAUUGAAUUGGUCUUGUUAAUCUUUGAAUGAGUAGCUGUUCUGUUAUUUUGAAUAUGAAUGUACUAAGUAGGACAUCGCUCUAAGUUUUACAAUGUGAUCAUGGUGUUCUUCACAGACAGAAACAGUGAUUUUAUGUAAAAAUAAAUAAAGCAUCAAGAAU